AUGGCGACUCCCAUGCACCGGAUAAUAGCCAGGCGACAAGCAGAGGCAAACAAGCAGAAUGUGCGCUGUCAGAAGUGUCUGGAGCUGGGCCACUGGACGUACGAAUGCACAGGAAAGAGGAAGUAUGUGCACAGACCGUCCAGAACUGUGGAGAUGAAGAAGAAACUGAAGGCGAUUGAAAACAAGCCUCUUGCCAUCAUGGGGUCUGGGACAGAAGAAUCAACUGAGAAAAAAAAUAAAAAGAAGUCUAAAGACGCGAGUGGCAGCAGCAGUGACUCCUCCAGCUCGUCUAGUGAUGACUCCUCCGACAGCAGCGACUCGUCCAGCUCUUCAUCCGACAGCAGCAGCGACAGUGACGACUCUUCAUCAUCGUCAUCCUCCUCCUCUGACAGCUCCGACUCCGACAGCAGCAGCGACUCAGACCAGGGCCCGCCAAAGAAGAAGAAAAAGAAGAAAUAG